UGAUAACAUUGCUUAUAUAAUACAAACUUGAAUCAAAUCAAAACAAGUUUUAUAAAAAACCAAUUUUUUUUUUAAAAUGAGGGUUCUAGUGCUUUUAGUAUCCUUAAUUGGUUUUGUUUUGGCAGAAACAUCUCCGGAAAUCGUCCCAAUUCCUGGCGGUAUUUCCGGAACUGGAAUAACAACACGUUACUGGGACUGUUGCAAACCAUCUUGCGCCUGGACUUAUCAUACCAACCAAGCUAAAGCUGUUACUACUUGCUCUAUAGAUGGAGUUACCCCUGUAGCAGAUAAUGUUCAAUCCGGUUGUGAUGAAGCAGAUAAGGGACAAGCUUUUACUUGCAACAACAACCAACCAUGGGUUAUUAACUCUACUUUGUCAUAUGGAUUUGUUGCUGCGUCAUUCACAGGUGGUUAUGAUGUUAAACACUGUUGUCACUGUGUGCUGCUCAACUUCCAAGGAAAAUUGGCCGGCAAAUCACUUUUAGGUCUCAUUACCAAUACAGGCGAUCCUCUAGCCCAUAACCAAUUCGACAUUGAAAUUCCCGGAGGUGGCGUUGGUGUCUAUCCAUAUGGGUGUCAUGCUCAAUGGGGUGCGGACGCAGUAAACGGCUGGGGUGAAGCUUAUGGAGGAGUAUCUUCUCGAGAACAAUGUUCACAGUUGCCCGGUUCUCUUCAACCUGGUUGCAAUUGGAGGUGGGACUUUAUGAACGGUGUAUCUAACCCAGAUGUGAAAUUCUAUCAGGUCAAAUGUCCAAAGGAACUAUUAGAUAUUGCUCAAUGUCAACGUGAUGAUGAAUAAGAAUGAAAUAAAUGGAACUAUUUUUCUUUAAAAUUGA